GAACAAAACAUAGCAUACCGAGAGGAAACCGGAAGGGAGAAUUUUCCUCACGCUUCGUGCGGUUCCAAACCAUCUCCUGAAGAAAACAUCAAUCUUUUGUCCUGUAACUGUUGAUCGAGCACGGUUCGGAGAAACUCAUGGCGGAUUCGUUCGACGAAGAGUGCGACUACCUGUUCAAGGCAGUUCUGAUAGGGGACUCAGCGGUAGGGAAAUCGAACCUGCUAUCGAGGUUCGCGAGGGACGAGUUCCACCUCGACUCGAAGCCGACCAUCGGGGUCGAGUUCGCGUACAGGAACGUUAAGGUCGGGGACAAGCUCAUCAAGGCUCAGAUAUGGGACACCGCGGGACAAGAAAGAUUCAGAGCCAUUACUAGUUCGUACUACAGAGGUGCGCUUGGGGCUUUACUGGUCUAUGACAUAACCCGCAGGGUGACAUUCGAGAAUGUGAGAAAAUGGCUCAGGGAGCUGAGAGAUUUCGGGAAUCCUGACAUGGUGGUGGUCCUCGUAGGGAAUAAAUCGGACCUGAGCCACUCGAGGGAGGUCAAACAGGACGAGGGUAAGGAUCUCGCUGAGGCCGAGAACUUAUGCUUCAUGGAGACUUCUGCGCUCGAGAAUGUGAACGUUGAAGAAGCAUUCCUAGAGAUGAUCAAUCGGAUCCAUAAGAUCACAAGCCAGAAAAUCUUGGAAACUAAGAGCAAUGAAACUGUUAGCAAUGGCCUUCAGCCGGGAAAAGAAAUUGUUCAGAUUGACGAAGUGACUGCAACUAAGCAGUCUAGUUGCUGCUCCCGGUGAAAUUGGUCGGUGGCAAUUCAUUCGGUCAGGGACCGCCUUGUACAAGAGUUUUCCGGGUUCGAUUGUUUUUAUUUCCUUCAGCUUCUUCUCUGUGCAAUUUUUAGCCAAUUCCAGAUGACGAUGACUUAAAUCUUACCUUUUCCUAAGAUUUCUCA